GCGGCGGCGCCCGGAGCAGCGAGGGGGUGGAGGCGCCCGGAGCAGCGAGGGGGCGGAGGCGAGGCCCCGCGCUCCGGAGGAAGCGGCGCCCGGCCCGAGGCCUGGGACCCCGCGCCCCGCCGCACCAUGGCCCUGAAGCUGCUGCUGCUCCUCUUCCUGUUCUCGGGCUUGCACGCGCGGUCCAGGAAGGUGGAAGAGGACGAAUACGAAGAUUCAUCAUCAAACCAAAAGUGGGUCUUGGCUCCCAAAUCCCAGGACAGAGAUGUGACUCUUAUUCUCAACAAGCUGCUCAGAGAAUAUGAUAAGAAGCUGAGACCGGAUAUUGGAUUGAAGCCCACCGUCAUCGAUGUGGACAUCUAUGUUAACAGCAUCGGUCCCGUGUCCUCAAUAAACAUGGAAUACCAAAUUGAUAUAUUUUUUGCUCAGACCUGGACUGACAGUCGCCUUCGGUUCAACAGCACAAUGAAAAUACUUACUCUGAACAGCAACAUGGUGGGGCUAAUAUGGAUUCCAGAUACAAUCUUCCGCAAUUCUAAAACUGCGGAGGCUCACUGGAUCACCACCCCCAAUCAGCUCCUCAGAAUUUGGAAUGAUGGGAAAAUCCUUUACACCUUAAGGCUCACCAUAAACGCUGAGUGCCAGCUGCAGCUGCACAACUUCCCCAUGGAUGAGCACUCCUGCCCGCUGAUCUUCUCCAGCUAUGGCUACCCCAAAGAAGAAAUGAUUUAUAGAUGGAGAAAAAAUUCUGUGGAGGCAGCUGAUCAGAAGUCCUGGCGGCUUUAUCAGUUUGACUUCAUGGGCCUCAGAAACACCACAGAAAUUGUGAAAACAUCUGCAGGUGAUUAUGUUGUCAUGACUAUAUAUUUUGAAUUGAGUAGAAGAAUGGGCUACUUCACUAUUCAAACAUACAUUCCCUGUAUACUGACUGUAGUUUUAUCCUGGGUGUCAUUUUGGAUCAAAAAAGAUGCUACACCAGCAAGAACAGCAUUAGGCAUCACCACAGUGCUGACCAUGACCACGCUCAGCACCAUAGCCAGGAAGUCCUUGCCCCGCGUCUCCUACGUGACCGCCAUGGACCUCUUUGUGACCGUGUGCUUCUUGUUCGUCUUUGCUGCUCUGAUGGAGUAUGCUACCCUCAACUACUAUUCAAGCUGUAGAAAACCAACUACCACCAGGAAAAAAACAUCGUUAUUACAUCCAGAUUCCUCAAGAUGGAUUCAUGAAAGAAUAAGCCUACAAGCCCCUUCCAACUACUCUCUCCUUGACAUGCGGCCACCGCCACCUGCAGUGGUCACUCUGAACAGUUCCAUGUACUGGCAAGAAUUUGAAGAUACCUGUGUCUACGAGUGUCUGGACGGCAAAGACUGUCAGAGCUUCUUCUGCUGCUAUGAAGAAUGCAAGUCAGGAUCCUGGAGAAAAGGACGGAUUCACAUAGACAUCUUGGAGCUGGACUCAUAUUCCCGGGUUUUCUUCCCCACUUCAUUCCUGCUCUUCAACUUGGUCUAUUGGGUGGGAUACCUGUAUCUCUGAAUGCUCCUCCUAGUGAUGAACGAAGAGUGUUAGGUUCCCCUCUUCAUCUUUCACCCUCCCCAGACCAGUAGUCACCAACUGGAGUAGCAAGGAAAGACACUGCUCAGUGUAUCUGAAGUUGUACAUUACCUUUGAAUAGCGCAGGAACACGUGGCAAAUAUUCCUGUUAUGUAUUUCAAACUCACACACACACACACACAAGUUAAUUGAGUUUUAAAGAGAUGUUCUUGUUACUCCCUUACUGAGUCUGUAGCUUGGUGAUGAUUAUGAAUGGUUUUGGAUAUUGGAAGCAGCUGCCAAUGUUCCUUGCAAAGAAACCUGUGAAACAUGCAAGCAGAUGUCUGAGAAGCUCUCUCGGGCCCCGACCCCUCCUGCGUCUCUCCCUUGCAGCUCUCCACAGCACCGAUGCCCACGUGUGGGGAGCCACCACUGGCCAAGACACACUCAUGCUGGACCUCAGCGCCCAGGCAGCCUGAGCUCAUUUGUGACUGCAGUGAGCUUCCACCCCGUUUCCUUUCUGUGGUCUCUUUCGCUCUGGCACCAAACCACCUUCAUUAGUUGGCAUUCCUUUAUCUCAUAGCCCCAACCUUGGCUGGGGAACGGUGUGUAUGCUUCACCUACAAUUGUUCAAUUGAGGAAAAAGUCUGAUAUUCAAAAUUCUCAUAUUGCUGAAGUCAAAGAUGUUUAUUAUCUCUGAACAUCAGAAGGUCGUUAACUUUAUUCCAAAUUAUUGAAAGUUGCUGGUAUUCAAGCUUUGGGUUCUUGGACGAGUUCACGUUGAGUUCAGCACUUCUCCUUAGGAGUUGUGCUUCUCCUAGACCAAGGUGUGACCCCAGAGCAUAUGCUCUUGUGGGCUCCAGGAGUAUCUGCAUCUUGCGAAGAAAUGUACACAACAUU